AUGGAGAGCCGGCCGGCCGCCCCGGGGCCCUACCGCGCCACCAAGCUGUGGAAUGAAAUUACAAAGUAUUUCCGAGCGGGCAUGCCAUUAAGGAAACACAGGCAACAUUUCAAAAAACAUGGAAGCUGUUUUACUGCGUCAGAAGCUGUAGAAUGGCUCCAUGAAGUAUUAAGGAAUAACAGUAACUUUGGUCCUGAAGUUACUAGGCAGCAGACUGUUCAGUUAUUAAGAAAGUUUCUCAAGAAUCAUGUAAUUGAAGAUAUAAAAGGGAGAUGGGGAUCUGAAAACUUAGAAGACAAUGGUGUGCUGUACAGAUUUCCUUCAACAUCUCCAGUUAAACCUCUACCAAGUUCAUGUCCACCAAAGGAGAACUUGGAAAACUUCUCUAGAGACAAAGAAAGACUUUUUAAACUGCCGCAUUUAUCCAGGAGAACUUUUAAAAAACAUGAGUUACUACAGUCUCUGGAAAACUUAGAAAAAACAAACCCAGAUGUAAUAGAGGAAAAUAAGGAAGACAUUCUGCAUAGGAAGGAAAUAAGCCACGAAUAUGUGCAAGAAACUUGGAGAAAUAUAAUUCUAAUACAUUUGCAAACCAUUUUAGGCAUCCCAUCUUUGGAAGAAGUCUUGCAGCCAACACAGAUAGUUCCUGAGUAUGUCAUAUACAAUAUGACUAACACGAGCAAACACGGUGUUGUUAUUUUGCAGAACAAAUCAGAAGACCUCCCUCACUGGGUGUUGUCAGCUAUGAAAUGCCUCGCAUACUGGCCUAGAAAUAAUGACAUGAGCCAACCAACUUACAGUGGGUUUGAACGGGAUGUAUUCAGAACAGUUGCUGAUUACUUUCUCAAUCUCCCUGAACCAUUACUUACUUUUGAAUACUAUGAACUUUUUGUUAAUAUUUUAGAUCUCCUUCAGCCUCAUUUAGAAAGAAUUGCCAUUGAAGCACUACAGAUAUGUUGUUUGUUGCUUCCACCACCAAAUCGUAGAAAGAUUCAGCUUCUAAUGCGUAUGAUCUCUCGGAUCAGUGAAAAUGUUGAUAUGCCACGACUGCAUGAUGCAAUGGGCACACGUUCUUUGAUGAUACAGACUUUUUCUCGAUGCGUGCUAUGCUGUGCAGAAGAAGUAGAUCUUGAUGAGCUGCUUUCUACACGAUUAGUUUCAUUUCUAAUGGACCAUCAACAAGAAAUAUUUAAAGUACCAACUUACCUGCAGGUUGCAGUGCGAGAUCACAUAGAAUACGUGAAGAUGGCUCAGUGCAAACAUCCAAAGGAAGAAAUUUGUGCCAUAUUGCCAACAUAUUCAUACUGCAAACAAAUAACUCCUCAGGAGUUUGAAGAACAAAAGGUUUCUACCUCUCAAGCUGCAGUGACAGAGCUCUUAGAGAACAUUAUCAAAGAUAAAAACCUGUCUGUAAAAGACAAAAAGAAAAAGUUAAAACAGUUUCAGAAGGAAUACCCUUUAAUCUACCAGAACAGAUUUCCAACUACAGAAAAUGAAGCAAUGCUAUUUGAUAACAAACCUACCAUCAAACAACCAGUGCUUAGCCUAAGAAAACCAGGAUUUCGUAGCCUAAGAUACUAA